GGAGGUGGGGUUCUCCCGGCUUACUGCGGGCUUGCUGCGGGCUCCCUGUGGGUGUGACCUCGGACCCUGCUGACUGGCAGACCCGAUCAGGGAGGGGCGGUUCGGGUACCGUGGCUGCAGGUCCAAGACCAGGGUGCCCCAAGGCUGCGGCUGUCUGGCCUGGAAGUGGCCCUUCAUUCCAGUAAUCCGGCCGAGGAGCGAGGGAUCCCUUGGGGCUGGUGCCAAGGCCUGAGGUACAGCCACUUGGACUCUGCCUUGGGCCGCUGCCGGCCUUCGCAGAGCGGCGGGCAUCCCCUUCCUCCACCCCGCGGCCCACGGACGGCUGCCAUGGCUUUUCCUCAUCGGCCGGACGCCCCCGAGCUGCCUGACUUCUCUAUGCUCAAGAGGCUGGCUCGAGACCAGCUAGUCUAUCUGCUAGAGCAGCUUCCUGGAAAAAAGGAUUUGUUCAUUGAGGCAGAUCUCAUGAGCCCGUUGGAUCGAAUUGCCAAUGUCUCCAUUCUGAAGCAACAUGAAGUAGACAAGCUGUACAAGGUGGAGAACAAGCCAUCCCUCAGCUCCAAUGAGCAAUUGUGCUUUUUGGUCAGACCCCGCAUCAAGAACAUGCGAUACAUUGCCAAUCUUGUUAAUGCUGACAAAUCGGCUGGCCGAACUCGCAAAUACAAAGUGAUCUUCAGCCCUCAGAAGUUUUAUGCAUGUGAGAUGGUGCUUGAGGAAGAAGGAAUCUAUGGAGAUGUGAGCUGUGAUGAAUGGGCCUUCUCUUUGCUGCCUCUUGAUGUGGAUCUGCUGAGCAUGGAGCUACCAGAAUUUUUCAGGGACUACUUUCUGGAAGGAGAUCAGCGCUGGAUCAACACUGUGGCCCAGGCCUUGCACCUUCUUAGCACUCUCUAUGGACACUUUCCAAACUGCUAUGGAAUUGGUAGAUGUGCUAAGAUGUCAUAUGAAUUAUGGAGAAAACUGGAAGAGGAGGAGGAUGGUGAAAGCAAGGGUCGAAGGCCAGAAAUUGGACAUAUCUUUCUUUUGGACAGAGACAUGGACUAUGUGACGGCACUUUGCUCCCAAGUUGUUUACGAGGGCCUGGUAGAUGACACCUUCCGCAUCAAGUGUGGCAGUGUCGACUUUGGCCCAGAGGUCACAUCCUCUGACAAGAGCCUGAAGGUGCUGCUCAAUGCUGAGGACAAGGUGUUUAAUGAGAUUCGUAAUGAGCACUUCUCCAAUGUCUUUGGCUUUUUGAGCCAGAAGGCCCGGAACUUGCAGGCCCAGUAUGAUCGCCGGAGAGGCAUGGAUAUCAAGCAAAUGAAGAACUUCGUGUCCCAGGAGCUCAAGGGCCUAAAACAGGAGCACCGGCUGCUGAGUCUCCAUAUUGGGGCCUGUGAAUCCAUCAUGAAGAAGAAAACUAAGCAGGAUUUCCAGGAGCUAAUCAAGACUGAGCAUGCGCUGCUGGAGGGUUUCAGCGUCCGGGAGAGCACCAGCUACAUUGAGGAGCACAUAGACCGGCAGGUGUCACCCAUAGAAAGCCUUCGCCUCAUGUGCCUUUUGUCCAUCACUGAGAAUGGUUUGAUCUCCAAGGAUUACCGGUCUCUGAAAACACAGUAUCUGCAGAGCUAUGGCCCUGAGCACCUGCUAACCUUCUCCAAUCUACGGCGAGCUGGGCUCCUAACAGAGCAGGCCCCUGGGGACACGCUCACAGCGGUGGAGAGUAAAGUGAGCAAGCUGGUGACCGACAAGGCUGCAGGAAAGAUUACUGAUGCCUUCAGUUCUCUGGCCAAGAGGAGCAACUUUCGUGCCAUUAGCAAAAAGCUGAACUUGAUCCCACGUGUGGAUGGGGAGUAUGAUCUGAAAGUGCCCCGAGACAUGGCUUAUGUUUUCAGUGGUGCUUAUGUGCCUCUGAGUUGCCGGAUCAUAGAGCAGGUGCUGGAGCGACGAAGCUGGCAAGGCCUUGAUGAGGUGGUCCGGCUGCUCAACUGCAGUGACUUUGCAUUCACAGUCCUUACAGACAUGACCAAGGAAGACAAGGCUUCCAGUGAGUCCCUGCGCCUCAUCUUGGUGGUAUUCCUGGGUGGUUGCACAUUCUCUGAGAUCUCAGCCCUCCGGUUCCUCGGCAGAGAGAAAGGGUACAGGUUCAUUUUUCUGACGACAGCACUCACAAACAGUGCUCGCCUCAUGGAGGCCAUGAGUGAACUGAAAGCCUGAAGUUUCCCUGCCAGUGUUGAAGUCUUCUCUGGACACGCUCCUCAGUUGGAGGCAGGAGUCUGGCGCCCAGCUGCUACCACAGUGUCCACCAACUGGCAGCCUACUGAGAGCUGGGACCACAGAACUCACUGGGGAUUUAGAGAACAUAUCUGAUGAGAGCGUUCACUUCCUGCCCCCAGGAUAUUUCUCUUUUUGUGUUUAUAAAGUACAGCUAUGGUUCUAAGAUAUGAGGGGGAAGAGGGAAAUGAGGGAGAUGAUUGGAUGAACAAGCACCUUUCUAAUUGCAAAAUUUUGUGGUUCAUUAUGUUUUUGAGAAAAUUGAGUUUGUUUUAAAUGAGUUUUU